AUGAAUAACGAGACUAUAGUUGAACAGAAUCAUGAAAAUCAAGACUCACCAUUAUCACUACCAUCGCAUCAACAUGCAUCUCAUUUCGAACUUCUAACGAAAAUUUAUUAUCCUGAAACAUUAUAUCCCGAUAGUUAUUCAUUCUUUGCAGAUCGGGCCGAUAGAAAAUUAUCGCAAGCAAAAUUCUCAUUGCCAAUGGAGACAACCGUUCAAUAUCCAACUAAACCUGUCGAUCCAACAGAUCAUCCGACAAUAGUAUCAAUUGUGUCGAAACAGGGAACGCCUGAGAUUGAAAUUGCUGAUCGACAAAAAAAACAUUCAGUUCCCAUGCUUGAUCGAGAACGUGGUGAAUCCGAAGCUGAUAAACAUCGAUUCGAUGUUAAACGUUACAUACCAACAGCGUUACGCGCUCAAGACAAAACUCAACCACCUGGCGUCUUGUUAGACCCUCGAUUUUAUUCAAUGAAAAAGACAGCCAUGACUAUUAUGUGUCUAUUGAUUAUUAUCAUGAGUAACAGUGUUCAACUAAAACAUGUUCUUAAAGUUGGUAAUGGGCAUGCAUUCUAUGGUACUCAAGUCACCCUUGGCAUUAUUUCGGUUAUCAUGUGUGCUAGUAUUGGUGUGAUUCUGAUGUAUGUGAUGCGCAUCGAUUUGAAUGAUCUGUACAAACAGCAUAAACUCGAUUAUAUCGACAAUAUUGUCUUUUGUCUACUAUUCAUUCUUGCCAUAUUUAACAUUUUUAUUGCUGCUUGCAGUUAA